AUGCUUUCGCCGGACGCUCGCAGCUAUAGUUUCGACCAUCGGGCCAAUGGGUACGGACGCGGUGAAGGUACCGGUACCUUGGUGAUCAAGCGCCUUGCAGAUGCGAUUCGAGACGGUGACACUAUUCGCGCUGUUAUUCGUUCCGCCGGAUCCAACCAAGACGGCCUCACGCCAUCUGGUAUUAUGCAGCCAAGUGGUACCGCUCAGGCCGGUUUGAUCCGUGAUACAUACGCCAGGGCUGGUCUGAGUAUGGAACCUACUCGGUUCUUCGAAGCCCACGGCACUGGCACGCAAGUAGGAGAUCCAAUCGAAUGCAAUGCACUUGGAGAUGCCUUCCGUGGAGUCCGCAGCAUGCAUGAUCCCCUCUUCGUGUACGCAUAAGCCAAACUGAGUAUGGACUUGGAUUCAUGCUAACCUCGGACUGUUAGGGGCGCGGUGAAAUCAAAUAUCGGCCAUCUGGAGGGUGCUAGUGGGAUUGCGGCCGUGAUCAAGACGAUCCUAAUUCUAGAGAGUGGCUUGAUUCCACCUAACACAAACUUUGAAAAGCUCAAUCCCAAGAUUGAUCUGGAGUUUCUGG